UCCCGGAAGCGACUGCCGGGGCAGCGCUGGAGGAUGGCGAGGGGCUGGUCCUGAAGCAGGGAAAGGUGGGCUGUGCCGAAGCCAGAGCCGGAGCCCGAGGGCGGGGCCGGAAUCCGAGCCGGAGUUCCUCCACUGACGCGCUCCGGCUGGCGGCGCUCGCGGCCCGGGGCAGGACCCCGCCCGCCUUCCUCCGGCGUUGCAGAUGCUCCAGGUCAGGCACCGGACGCGUCCGGGCUGCGGGUCCGCGACUCCUCGGCGCCCCCGGGCCGCAGCUGCGCUGCCAUGUCCACUCAGAGACUUCGGAAUGAAGACUACCAUGACUACAGCUCCACUGACGUGAGCCCUGAGGAGAGCCCGUCCGAAGGCCUCAGUCACCUCUCCUCCCCGGGCUCCUACCAACGCUUUGGUCAGAGCAACAGCACAACAUGGUUCCAGACCUUGAUCCACCUGUUAAAAGGCAACAUUGGCACAGGACUCCUGGGGCUACCUCUGGCAGUGAAAAAUGCAGGCAUCGUGAUGGGUCCCGUCAGCCUGCUGGUCAUAGGCAUCAUAGCUGUGCACUGCAUGGGUAUCCUGGUGAAAUGUGCUCACCACUUCUGCCGCAGGCUGAAUAAAUCCUUUGUGGAUUAUGGCGAAACUGUGAUGUAUGGGUUGGAAUCCAGUCCCUGCUCCUGGCUCCGGAACCACGCACACUGGGGAAGACAUGUUGUGGACUUCUUCCUGAUUGUCACUCAGCUGGGAUUUUGCUGUGUCUAUUUUGUGUUUCUGGCUGAGAACUUUAAACAGGUGGUAGAAGCGGCCAACGGGACUACCAAUAACUGCCACAACAAUGAGACGGUAAUUCUCACCCCCACCAUGGACUCGCGACUCUACAUGCUCUCUUUCCUGCCCUUCCUGGUGCUGCUGGUUUUCGUCAGGAGCCUCCGAGCCCUGUCAGUCUUCUCCCUGUUGGCCAACAUCUCCAUGCUGGUCAGCUUGAUCAUGAUCUACCAGUUCAUUGUUCAGAGGAUCCCAGACCCCAGCAACCUCCCCUUGGUGGCCCCCUGGAAGACCUACCCUCUCUUCUUUGGCACAGCCAUUUUUGCAUUCGAAGGCAUUGGAAUGGUUCUGCCCCUGGAAAACAAAAUGAAGGAUCCUCGAAAGUUCCCACUUAUCCUAUACCUGGGCAUGGCCAUCGUCACCAUCCUCUACAUCAGCCUGGGGUGUCUGGGGUACCUGCAGUUUGGAGCUAAUAUCCAAGGCAGCAUAACCCUCAACCUGCCCAACUGCUGGUUGUACCAGUCGGUUAAGCUGCUGUACUCCAUUGGGAUCUUUUUCACCUACGCGCUCCAGUUCUAUGUCCCGGCCGAGAUCAUCAUCCCCUUCUUUGUGUCCCGAGCUCCAGAGCACUGCGAGUUAGCGGUGGACCUGUUUGUGCGCACGGUGCUGGUCUGCCUGACAUGCAUCUUGGCCAUCCUCAUCCCCCGCCUGGACCUGGUUAUUUCCCUGGUGGGCUCCGUGAGCAGCAGCGCCCUGGCCCUCAUCAUCCCACCCCUCCUGGAGGUCACCACCUUCUACUCAGAGGGCAUGAGCCCCCUCGCCAUCUUCAAGGACGCCCUGAUCAGCAUCCUGGGCUUCGUGGGCUUUGUGGUGGGGACCUACGAGGCACUCUAUGAGCUGAUCCAGCCAAGCAAUGCUCCCAUCUUCAUCAAUUCCACCCGUGCCUUCAUAUAGGGAUCUUGGUUCGUCUCUGCAGCUGCCUACCCGUGCCCUGUAUGUCCCCCGUUACCUGUCCCCAGAGCCUCAGGUAUGGUACAGGCUCUGAGGAAAGUCAGGGUCACUGUGUGGGAACCACUCUGCCUGGCACUUGGGUACCCCGGGCCAGGUAAGGCUGAGGGCAGGUGAGAGGUGGGGUGGCAGACACGCAGAAGUGCCACAGUGACAGGGUUGUCACUGCUCACUUGUAUCUAUUUACACCCAGAACUUUCCAGGUCUCCCUCCUCAUGCCUCCUCCUUCCUACCUGCCCUCUGCCUGCUGGUGCACCUCACCUAACUCAUUCUCACUGCACAGUUCACUUUAUUUCACAAUUUUAGUGUCCCCCACCUCAUGUUUUCUCCUUUUCUAGGCCAAGCAUAGAUGAAAUAACUAGGAACUUCCCCUCUUUAUAAAGCUGGGCUUCUUUCCCAUCUCUCCCCCAAAUGUUGUAUCUCAGUAUUCUUCCUAUUCGAGUCUCCAGAGGGUGGCUAGACCUACCUGGUCAUUUGAAACAGGCCCCCCAAGCUGGAGUUUUUAAUCUUGACUCUGGCUUGCUGUGACCCCCUAAGGCAAUGCUUCUCUUCUCUGGAUUCCUUAGUUGUGGGUCACAGUACUGUAUUUUUAAUUGCUUUAGCUCUUAAAACAUAUGAAGUGUUGCCUAAUCUGAAAAUAUUUAUAUCUUAUUUAAAAUCAGAUUUUUGUUUUUAGACUGUCUCUAGAUUUGGGGUUGGUACAAAUCGCUCCUUCCUCAGUAAACUUUGACUCAACUUCUCCUGCUGAAAAGAAGCUCGCUCCAGGAGAUGUCUGCUUGGGUCCUCGGCACUCUUGGCUGAGGACUCAAAGGUUUUAAUCAGGAUUAUCUAAAAAUGUACCUCGGUGAGGAGGCGUGGAUUUUGCCUCCUGUUGACCAGCCUGGUUUCAUACGAAAAGACACUGAAGGACUGCAGAAAUGUUGCGGGUGCGCCGGGCUGAGGGAAGGGUGGCUGAGUGAGAGGCGUAUGAAGUGGGGCUGUGUACGUUUCAGCCUCAGCCCAUGCCAGGUGAAAGGAUUAGCAAUGCUCAGUCACCAUCAGGCUGGGAUGACACCCGCUCUAUUGCCGCGGAUGAGUAGCUGAGGUCAGUGUACACAGAGAGUUUUAAAUUAAGUUCAUAAUCUUUACAGCAGCUGGUCUGACAACUACGUGUGGUGCUUGGUUGUUUACAAUCAGUGGGGAAUAGGGCAGAACCAGUGCCCGGCCCCACGCUGCCUCUGUGGCCUGGACUUUGAAAGGAACCACUGAACCACCGAACACUAACGAGCCCUGUCUUUCCCCCAGAAGGCCUCCCUGAGUAUUGCAGACAGCCUUGAGGUUGGUCCUCCUCAAGGUCAGCCUUCAGGUUUUGGAGCAAACUUCAGAGAAGGCAGAAGAAGAUACAUUGCCUUGCUGUGGCUGCCUUUUCUUUCCUCUUAUUGCGAGAAGUAUUUCAGAAGGUCAUUGAUGAAUUCCCCCUCUCAUUAGUGCUGUGUGUGUGCACAUGUGUGUGCAUGUGUGUGUGCUUGUGUGUUCCUGUGUCAGCAACAGAGCAGACUCCUUGUCUCCUCCGUUCCUGUCACCAGGCUCUUGCCUCACUGCAGAUACGGUUCACUCCGAAAGUUAGUUGAGGGAGAGCAGCAAAAAUGUAUCAGGAGUUUUGCUUCUGUGUUUCACCAAAGCUCAUCGGGCUCUGACCCACUCACAUGGCCCCAGUUUUUUCUUUCUCUUCUGUUCCAAAGCCAGGAGAGCUGACUUCCAGGAGAAGGGAUGGGAAAAAGGAGACUCUCAUUGUAGUGGCUCCCAACCUACCUAAUAAUUUGUUAACUUGGGAAUAUGCCGAUCAUUGUUGACUUGUUCUUCCUUAGGAGAAGGACGGUUUUCACCCACCCUUUCUGUUCUAUGGUGGACUCUUAACAGGUGCUAUAUGACCAAGCAUCUAGCUGGGAGUAGCAGAGGCCCUGUCUUCUGAAGUUUCAGGUUUAGAAGUUACCACAGUGGGCUCAGAAACUGUCAUCUCCUAGUUCUAAGCUUGGUCUCUGGCAGCUCAGCCGCUAUCUUAGCUGUCUUCCCCAGCGGUGCUGAGAGUGGUCUCAGUGAGAAGGCAGAUGCCAGCUGGAGGGCCAGGCCUGUGUCCUUCCCACAUCCUCCUUGGUGGACGUUUCUCAGAGCUGCUAGAGGCCAUCCUGCCCAGCUGAGUUCUGAGACGGGGACUGUGAUGCUGGGACCUGAGGGCUGGAUGGUAGAAUACUGGGGUCCCCCAGCUCUUAGCAAAAUGCAGGCUAUUGUUCCCACGGCCCUGGCUCUGAGAACAUGGUAUGUAGGAGAGUUGGCUGUAGCUUUAGGAUUUCUGGAAGCCAAUUUGGCAUGGCCUGUUUGAUCUCCGUCUUGUGUUCCUGCUACACCGACAGACUGCGUGGCUCUUUCAAAACACCCAGGAAGGGGCUCCAGUCGGAGGAUCUUCCUGGCUAUGCAGCUGCACAGCUCUUAGGCAUCAAGCAAAGGGUCAGCCAGCCAAUGGUAGUGGGAAGAAGCCCUUCCUCCCCUUAUGCAAGCAGCUCUCAGCCAGCUCAGAAUCUCUUCUGCAGCCCCCAGGGCUUCUUGAAGCAGAGAACCCUCCCUGGUGUCUUCGCAGGAUAAGUAGUAAUAUCACAGAGCAAAGGCUUUUGGGAGUUGUGAGGCUGCAUCUGCUGGAGCAAAGGGAAACUGUGGGAUUUCUGUCCAGAUACUCUUGAGCUCUGUGACCCUGCUCCUGUCACCCCCGCUUCCCCAAACCAGAGGUAGCUUUCUCAGAGCCCCUUGGUGGUUUUCUCCUCUAUGCUGCUGUUGGGAGCAGGCUUCCAGCUGCCAGUGGGCAGUGCACAUCCUCCUAAAUGCAGGCACUUGCCAGGGAGAGUGAGCUGGCAUCUUCUGUUCACCCUGCCUAGCAGUUGGCACCAGUCACAAAUGGCAUUAUUUAUAUUGUGCUGCUGUCCAGCUGCUAAGAACCCUUCAUCUGCACAAACCCUGGCUGGAUAUGUGUGAAUGUGUGGCAUCUUUCCAUUUCUGCUGCCCUCUUCCAUCUCACCUCUGCAGCCAGAUUCAUUGGCUGAUGCUCACUGCUAUCUAUCCCCAUGAAAUUUAUAGUUUUAUCAGUAGUCUUAAAGUGUUGAUCCCAAACAUGUAUAUGAGAAAAAUCAUGUUUCUUCUCUCUUCUCUCAUCUUACUUUUUUCUUCUCAGAUUUCUCUCUUCCUAAAACAUGAUCUCUGUUUAACACUAAUGUUCACCUCCUAUUUUUUGGAAGUGCAAAAAGUUCAGUUUAUGUCUGUUUACAGCUCUCCUCACUGCUCACAGCAAGCAUGACUGUAGCAGGGGAUUUUAUUUAGUAGCUGGUGAGAUGUUAAGGCAAGCCUCAGCAUCAGCCCCCGCUAGGUUCACGAUGCUGCUUCCUCGAAGAGAAGCCACAGAGUCCAAGUGGCAGGACUUGAGGUUGGCUUCCAGUCUGCCUUAGAAGUUAAUUUUCCAAAGUACAUUACAAAUCUCUGAGGCCAUUAGGGGAAAAGGAAGGAGUGUGGUUUGUCUUUGAAAUUACGGUUAAUACUUUUCGACAAUAAGUCUGGCUGGUUGCAAGGCUGUUUGCCCCAGCAGCACCAGCCUGUAAUAUUUCUUCCCUUUCCUUUGUGCCACUGAAUCAUUCCCUGGCCAGAGGACAUAAAAGGUGCUGAUAGGAGGUUAUCAGAGUGAGGAAGGUAGGAAAUGAGGGUGCAGGGUGCCUGGCAUUCACUUCGUUAUUUGGCUUAAAUCAAAGUGAUUCUGGGGAAGAUAUGUUCUUUCAGUGGGUAAUAAAAUUGGUAACUCUAUUGUAAAACAUGUCAAUGGAUGUGUGAAGAAAACUGAGCAUACAGUAGGUGUUGAUAACCAGACAGUACUGUGUACAUCACGUGGCUGCGUGGAUGUGCACUUCCGGCGUGGUGUGUGUAGAGAUGUGGCUCAUGCCAGAGCUCAUAGAGUCUGUUUUGGGUUUUGCACAUGGAUUGUAUGUUAAGCUUUUUCUUUUCAAUAAAUGAAUUUUAUUUUUUAUUUUU